UGCGAAGACGAAAUAGAUAAAGGAGUUAUAAUUAUUUCAGGUAUUGUUUGUUACCUUUUGAAAUAAGAUCCUAAUUUUGAUUUAACAAUUGAAUAGAUGGUAAUUGUUUUAACAGUGUAAUAUAAAGAUCAAUAUCUAGAGUUUGUCUAAAAACAUUAAUUAUAUUCUCUGCGGCUAUCUCUACAUUCGUUGUGGAACUAUACAUAACAAAGAGAUUGAAAUGAGGUUUAAAUUUAGAUAAAUUAACAAGUGAUUGAAACGUGUAUAACAGCAGCUUACGUGUAGAGUUCAAAGGAACUGCUUCAAAAAAGGGUUAGUGUGAGGACUAAAGGAAGAACUACGAAUCUGGAGAAUCCUAAGAAAUGGCCGUGUCAGGACGCAAAUUGUCAGAUUUUCAAGGCUCAAUAUCUCUAGGAUCAGCAGAAGACUUUGAAAAGCAUGUUAUUGCUAGUAAAGAUUCGGAGGAAUACACUGAAAAAUGUUCCGUGCAUAAAAACGAAAUAGUUAAAUUUUUCUGUCCAACACACAAGGCUCUUGGCUGCAAUGACUGCAUCAUCUUGGAUCAUCGGGAAUGCAAGAUUGAUUACAUAUCUGAUACAUGUGCAGAUAUAGGGGACAGUGAGGAAUACAUGGAUAUCAUGGAGAAACUUAACGAGAAAAUGAAAGAUGUAGAGGAUAUCAUGAAGAAAGCUGAAGUAAGAGAUAAAGAGAUAGAUAAAUGUCAUGCUGAUAUUAUCAAGGAAAUACUCAACUUCAGAAAGGAAAUAAAUGAGCGCCUAGAUCAGCUGCAACAAGAAAUUCAGAAAGAUGCUGACAAAAAGAAGUCCAAAGAUGAAAACAUAAUUCAGAUGGUACGUGAUGAAUGUGCAAAUAUUUCUUCUGAUAUCAAGAAAUUACAGUCCAAAUUAGAGGCAAAUAAAACUUCAAAACAGAACGAGCAGCUUUACAUCAACAUUAAACGUGCUGAGUCUAAACUGAAGUCAGAUGAAGUGAAGAAGGCAGAUAAAAAUUUAGCGAAGACAUACAUGCAAUACUCGUUUGAACGGAAUACUGAUAUUGAAAAUGUGUUGUCCAGAGACAAUAUAUUUGGGAAGUUAAACCUCAAUUUUUGCCUCGUCACUCCGACAGAGAAGAAAAUAUUUAAAACUCUAACGUACAAAGAAGAUAUAGAUGUAAGAACAAAGGCAGAUACCGGGUGGUUUUACAGCUAUAUCACAGGAUGUGCCAUCUUGUCCACUAACAAACUUGUACUGGCUGAUAAGAAAGAAUACAAGCUGAAAGUUUUAGACAGACAGAGUACAACUGUAAUAGAAGAGAAAAGACUAGACUCAAGUCCAACGGGCAUAGCUGUGAUGCCCAAGGACCAGAUUGCAGUAACAGUACCAGGAAACAAAGAAAUUCUUAUAAUGGAAACAGCUGGUAAACUGACAACUGUUCGCAAAAUUCCAGUUCAAUGUGAUUUCAGAGGUAUAACUUAUCAUCAAGAUUAUCUCUACUUGCUUUGUAAGAAUCCUAAAAGUGUACUGGUACUGGAUACACAAGGUACUCUCCAGUACACAAUAUCUCUGAAUAAUGACAUAUUUAAACACCCCAAACAUCUUGUGGUAAGUGAGGAUUCCAGACAUAUCUAUAUCAAUGACUAUGUUAGUGACUGUUUGGUCAGUAUAACAUUACAAGGUGAUGUAUCAGCUGUAUACAAACACAAUGCACUUAGUGGACAACGAGGGAUGGUGAUGUUAGAUGAUGGAUCAUUGCUGGUGUGCUGCUACAACAGUAACACCAUUCAUCAUAUCUCAGGAGAUUUGAAGCAGGGGCAGACCAUGAUAGAUUAUCUACAGCGUCCACAUUCUAUAUGCUACAGUCAUUAUCAUGAUGAAGUUUAUAUUGGCUGCUGGGGUAAUCAGCUGAAAGUAUUUAGUAUGAAAUGAACAAUCACUACCACUAUAUCUAAGUUAAUGGAUAGAUAAAAUAAUUUACCCUACUACAAACUGUACAGAUAAAAUAUAAUAAAAUCUCCGGUUUCUAGUUUCAUUUUCAUUUCUAAAUAAUGUCAGUAUCUUGGUCAGUGAGAAAAACUUUCAAAGUCAUAAAAACAUAACUAUAAGAAAGUUCAGUUUAUCUUUUGGUGCUACCUGGAUAUAAGUCAUUAUAACAUAAUACCGGCUGUAUUAGCCCGGCUGCAUCACAGUUUCUUUAGGAGAAAAGGUUGGUACUAGUACAGAAUCUAAGAACAGUGGUUAAGCUACUUGCUACUGAAAUAAUUGAAAUACAGUUAAAAAACGGCGCAAAACCCAAAACAAAGAAUGUGGCACAGCUGUACCCGUUGAAUAAAGUGAGCAAAGGUCUUUUAUGAUGAUCAGGAGAAAAAAACUUUUCAACUUGCAAAAUGUAUGAUAUGAAGAGAUGGACAGUUGAAACAAAAUUUAGAAGAUAUUGUUAUUCUAAGCCAAAGAUAUACUGGUGUUGUUGUGUGAGCAUUUGCAUCAAAAUAUUACUGUGGUUACCUAUUGUAAACCAGGAAAUUUAGUAAAAAAGUGUGAUUUUUUAUUCUGAAAAUAUUUUUUUACACUCGCAUUCUUUGUUGUAAUAUAAAAGCUUUUUUUUUAUAAAUAUACAUGAAUAAUUUCUAUGAUUUGAUACGUCAUGGGCAAUUUUAUACCCCCAUUCAAAGAAGGUGGGUAUAAUGUUUCGCAGAUGUCGGCCGGUCUGUCGGUCUGUCGAUUGGUCGGUCUGUAUGUCGGUCGGUAUGUAGACCAAACGGUUUCCAGAUGAUAACUAAAGAACGCUUGGGUCUAGGAUUAUGAAAGUUGACAGGGUGGUUGGUCAUCACCAGCAGAUGAUUCUUGUUGAUUUUGAUGUCAAUAGGACAAAUGUCAUGGUCAUAGUGACCAGGAACAGUUAAACGGUUUCCAGAUGAUAACUCAAAAACGCAGUGACCUAGGAUCAUGAAUGUUAAUAGAAAGGUUGCAGAUGAACCCUUUUGAUUUUGAUGUCAGUAGGUCAAAGGUCAAGGUCACAGUAGCCCGGAACAGUUAAACGGUUUCCAGAUGAUAACUCAAGAAUGCUUUGGCCUUGGAUCAUGAAAGUUGAUAGGGAUGUUGGUCAUGACCAGCAGAUGACGCCCAUUGAUUUUGAGGUCAGUAGGUCAAAGCUCAAGGUAUUUUGACCAUGAAUAAUUAAACCGUUUUCGGACGAUAACUUGAGAACGCUUGGGCCUAGGAUCGCGAAACUUGAUAGAAAGGUUGAUCAUGACCAGCAAAUGACCCCUGUAGAUUUUGAGGUCAAUAUGUCAAAGGGCUAGGUCACUUUGACCCGGAACAGCUAAACCGUUUCCGGACAAUAAUUUGAUCUAGGAUCAUGAAACGUAAUAGGGAGGUUUAUCAUGACCAGCAGAUGACCCCUAUUGAUUUUGAGGCCAGUAGGUCCAGGUCAAGGUCACAUUGACGCAUAACAGUAGAACAUUUUUGCCAAAUAACUAGAGAAUGCUUUGAUUUAAGAUCACAUUUGAUACGGAGGUCACUUAUGACUGGAAAUUGACCCAUAAUUAUUUAUCUGAGGUCAGUACGUCAAAUGGCCAGACACAGUGACCAAAUAAUUUCUGUUCCUUGUACAAUUACUGAAUGCACCAAGGAAGGAUUUCGUUUUCUACGAGCUCUUGAAUAUAUUCUUGUUGAUAUUAUUGUUAAUGAGUAUUUUUACCACUGCAGUAAAUUGUCAAAGAAAAUAAUUCCUGUCUUUA